AAGCUGCGGCGGCGCAGGAGGGGGCGGGUUCAGCGAGGGCACGGCCUCUGAGGGGGGGGCGCACGACACGCAUCCCCCGCGAUCGCCCGGGCCACUCGGGAGCCUCGCGGCAGCCCGGCGCCCCACUUGGCCAUCCGCUCCUUGCCCGCCUCCUCUUGUCACCUCCCGUCUCAUCCUUCUCGCUCCUUCCCCGCCGCAUACACCGCCAUCCAAGUGCCUCAGAGAGCCGGAGGUGGUGUGCGGGGCUGCAGGGCACGACUUCAAGCGGUCCUCAGCUCCGCACUAGGGGGCACGGGCAACAGCAUGGAUACCAAGCGCUGCUUCGCCAAUCGCUUCGAUGACUACCAGGGCAGCCUGCUGGCGGGCCAGUGUGAGGAGGCGGUGGCGCCCUUGGUCACCGCCACCAUCGAGCGCAUCCUCCAGGAGCUUCCCCCACUCGGGGGCGGCGCGGAGGCCCGAGGGGCGACGGCCGGGGCUAGUGGCUGCCAGGGGGGGCUUUAUGGAGGCGUGGCCGGAGUGGCGUAUAUGCUCUACCACGUCUCGCAGAGCCCGCUUUUCGCCACGGCCCGGGAACGCUACCUGCGCUCGGCUAAGCGCCUCAUCGACGCGUGCGCCCGCGCUGAGGAGUGGGGCGAACCGGACGCCGACACCCGCGCUGCCUUCCUGCUCGGGGGCGCAGGCGUGUACGCCGUGGCCACGCUCGUAUACCACGCCCUGGGCCGGUCCGACUACGUGCAGCCGCUGGGCAAGUUCCGGGCUCUGUGUGCCGUCUGCGCGCCGGUCUCCUUCCUGGAGUGCGGCUCCGACGAGCUGUUUGUGGGCCGCGCGGGCUACCUGUGUGCGGCGCUGGUGCUCAAGCAGAAACUCGCCCAGGAGGUGCUGACUCCAGCACAGAUCAAGUCAAUUUGUCAGGCAAUUCUGGACUCUGGGAAGCAGUAUGCCAUAAAGAAGAGGAAACCAUUCCCCCUGAUGUAUUCUUACUAUGGAACCGAAUACUUGGGGGCAGCUCAUGGCUUGUCGUCUAUUCUUCAGAUGCUUCUUUCUUACCAUGAGCAUCUCAAGCCCUCAGAUCGGGAACUGGUAUGGCAGAGCGUGGACUUUCUCAUGGAACAGGAACAAAACUGCAACUGGCCACCUGAGCUCGGCGAGACCAUCGAAAGAGAGAAUGAGCUGGUGCACUGGUGCCAUGGCGCUCCAGGAAUUGCCUAUCUGUUUGCCAAAGCUUAUCUGGUUUCCAAGAAACCGCAGUACCUGGACACAUGUAUUCGGUGUGGGGAACUCACAUGGCAGAAAGGCCUGCUAAAGAAGGGGCCUGGGAUUUGCCAUGGAGUAGCCGGCAGUGCCUAUGUCUUCCUGCUGCUGUACCGGCUCACGGGAAACUCUAAAUACAUCUACCGAGCUCAAAGUUUAUUCCCUGUAAACUUGAUAAAGAUGGAACAUCUGCUGUAUACCAGACAACACUGCUUUUAAUAGAUAUUACCUCUGACUGGUUUGCUCAAUUCUUAUUUACCGAGGAAUUCAAGGCCGGUUCUCGGGUCCUUGAAAGUAUAUACAGCUUGUAUGAAGGCUUCUCUGGGACAGUGUGCUUUCUGAUUGACCUGCUGCAGCCCAAUCAGGCUGAAUUCCCACUCUUCAGCGUCUUUGUUUAGAAGGCUCCAUCUUCCACUGUGGCCCUGCAGAGAUCCCCUGAGCCAAGCCAAGGCAGUUUCCACAUAAGCCACAUUCAAUGGUAUCGCAACCAUGAGCCUUAACAUUGCCACCAGAAGGAAGGAAUUAGGCAGGUGAAGGCAACAUGAUGCCAGAUUUGAGAAAGGAUCUGCAAAAUAAAGAUACCACAACUCAUCUCAAAACUGCAGAGAUUUAAUGUGUCAGGGAAUAGAUGUGAAACAAGGGAUCAUACGAAAAGGGGAAAGAGAAAUGAUCUGUUUUUCAGUUAUGACAUAGAAAACCAAACUGCAAGUGUGGACUAUGACAAAAAAUACGCUAAUACCUUUGCAAUCUGAAUGAGAAUUUGACCAUUUGUGUGUGCCCUCUACCCUUAAAUCCAGAAAUAAAGACAAUAAAAAAUUAAAAUAAUUGCCCAGCUGAAAACUGCUAUGAGGGAUGAAUUGUCAGGUUGCUGAAGUAUAAAAAUAAACUCUUGGUUGUCCUGUGCUUAUA